AAUCAUUAUGUUGACUUUGAAAUACAAGUGAAGGAUGUUGGGAUGGACAAGUACAACAAGAGUAGUUCCUGCCAUCUUCCCCUUCCGGCCUCUUCGCUCACAUUCUCUAACCUGAGUGGUAACAAGUAUUACGAGGCGUAUAAUUUAUGGGCUACUUUGGUGAAUUGCUCAAAUGAAGUGAAGAACCAGUCUAGGCAUUACUACAGGUACAUCGAUGACUACUACUAUGACUACAUGCCUGUGUCUUGCUUGAGCGACAACAACAGCAGCUCCUUCAUCUACCUCAUCAUAUCAAAUAAUAGAAAACAGCCAACUGAUAUAUGCAAGCUCCUAGACCAAGGGUUCAGUCUCCAUCGGAGACAGUUGAUAAUUCCAAAUUCCAUCCGACUUUGCUUGAAAACGUCAUUAAGGGAAACUCAUCAGUAUAUCAUCAACCAAAAAAUUCCAAUCAAAAAACGAAUUCGAUCACUUGUACAUGGAAUGGAGUCCAAUUUUCUUGGCUGCAUAGAUAUCUGGGAUCAUGAUCGAAAGCAUUUCUAUUUUGUGAUAUCAAUUAUAUACCUUAUGAUAGUAUUGUUGCAAAUUGCCAAAGCACUAAUAGUGUUUGCAGUGUUGGGAAGAUGUGUAAUUGCGCCACUAACUAUAUAUACUUUCCUUUCUUACAAAUUGUACCAAAUGAUGUCAUCCGUCGAUAUUGUGGAGAAAUUCCUAAGGAACCAACAAACUCUUAUACCAACUAGAUAUUCAUACACCGAUAUCAUCGCCAUGACCAGCCACUUCAAAGAGAAACUAGGCCAAGGAGGAUUUGGUUCUGUUUUUAGUCGACUUCCUUGGGAUCGGCUUGUUGCUAUCAAGAUGUUGACUAAUUCCAAGUACAAUACCGGUGAAGAUUUUAUUAAUGAAGUUUCAACUAUUGGCAGGAUUCACCAUAUAAAUGUGGUGAAACUAAUUGGUUUUUGUUCAGAUGGUAUGCAAAGAGCUCUGGUGUAUGAGUACAUGCCCAAUGGUUCCCUUGAUAAGUUUAUCUUCUCAUCCAACAAUGGCCCCAAUCACAAAUUUUCUCUAGACAAACUAAUUGAUAUGGCAUUGGGAGUUGCUCGAGGACUGGAUUAUCUGCAUAAAGGAUGUGAUAUGCAAAUUCUACAUUUUGAUAUCAAACCGCAUAACAUUCUUUUAGACCAUAACUUUAAUCCAAAAGUUUCCGAUUUUGGUCUCGCAAAACUAUAUCCUAAGAACAAUAGCUUGGUAUCACUCAGUGUUACAAGGGGAACUAUAGGAUAUAUUGCUCCAGAGUUGAUAUCAAGAAGUUUUGGUGUUAUCUCUCACAAGUGUGAUGUUUAUAGUUUUGGUAUGUUACUUUUAGAAAUGGCUGGUGGGAGAAGGAAUUCAGAUCCAAGAGUAGAGAAUACAAGCCAAGUUUACUAUCCUUCAUGGAUUUAUGACAAACUUAUUGAAGAUACUAUUGACCAUAAUGCGAUAGAAAUGGAUACAAGCAUUGCAAUCGAUGAAAGAGAAAAGAAGUUAUGCAUGAUAGGCUUGUGGUGCAUACAGAUGAGACCAUCAGAUCGGCCUUCCAUGUGCAAAGUGAUACAGAUGUUAGAAGGUGACAUUAGUAGCUUGCAAAUGCCGCCCAAGCCAUUUUUUUCAGAACCGAGUCAAAUACAUUCAAAGGUGUCAUAUUUAAACACUGAUGAUGGAGAACUGACUACCAUUUCUGAAGAUGCUGAUGAAUUAAAUUAAGGAGAGUUAUUUAUUUAUUUAUUGGUAUUGUAUGGUUAUUAGUGUUUUGUGAUCUUCUAAAGACAUGUAAUUGGAAACAAUA